AUGAGAAGAGUGACCAAGCGCCAUUCAGCCACCACUGAGCACAGUGUAACUGAUAGUGGAAUUACAGCCCCAGAGAGCAGCAUAGAGGGAGAUGUGAACUGGGAGGGGCAGAGACAUUUGGGCACGACGGGGACCCUGGAAAAGCCAGGUCUGAUAAGGGGCAGAGGGAACAGCCCGACACAGCCCCGUGUUGAAGCCCCUGCCUUGCUCACAGGCCUGCUGCUGGUGCUCCUGCAGGACACUGCCCUCUGCAUGCACACGGGUCUGCUGGGGACCAGUCCCAAGAAAUUCUUGGCAGUCAGAUCCCCAAGCUUCAGCUUUUCAAAUGAAACGCUUCUCAUGCCCAGCUGGGAGGAGUGGUUUCUCCACCUUUGCGACCCCGCAGCUCUAAUGGUUCCCAGGAACCAGUCACUGACACGGUUUCUUACCUCGCCACGGGUGUUUCGGUUUCCCGGUGUUAAGGAGGCGGUGGAGCGACCGUGGGAAAGCCUCGGCAAAGGCACGGAGGAGGAUGAACCACAUAGCCUUCAGGCUGCGUGUCAGCCCUCGGGGCUGCCGGUCCGGCCUCGGCGCGGCGCGGGAUGCGGUGCCCCUGGCGGGGCAGCGGGGCUGGCGUGUCGCACGGAGCGCUCCGGGGCAGCGACCCACGCCGCGGAAAGGCGGCCGCUCCUGCGGGGUUUGCGCAAGGCAAUCCCUCUAAACCCCCACGGAGGAUCGGGGAGAGGCGCGGAAGGCGACACCUUCAAAUUGCCUCCGAGAAGAGCUGCCGAGCAGACAUGCCGACCCAGCGCCGCGGCGGAUGCUCCUCGCUGCGGCCGGGCUCCGCGCAGGAGAUGCCGGCGGAGCGCAGCGGAGCGGCGCGCAGGGCUCCGCGCCCGUCCCGCCCUCCUCCCGCGCAGGGCCGGCCCUGCCGGCUGCCUGCAGGUCACUGCGGACCUCACCCCGCACCCCGCCCUUGCUGCUUUUCAGCUGCCAAAGCCAAAAACCCUCUCGCAGCGUGAGAAGCCAGUGCGGGUGGGAAGCAAAGCCGAAGCAAGCCGGCUUCAAACUCUGCCCACGCUCCCAGCCCCCGGAGCUGGAUGCAGGCACAGGCAGCACUUCUCAUCCCGAGCUCCCCGAGGGCUUUCCCACGUUGGAGGAUUCUUUGACCAAAUUAAGGAAAAAUUACUAAAAGCGGCAGGGGGGAAGGCGAAAGGAUCGCACCGGACCGAGCGGCUGGCUCGGCCAGCAUCCGCUCCUCGCCGGCGCAGGAGCCGCUGGGCAGCUCCGAGGUCACCUCUGCCCCUUCGCUAAUUUGCAAAAAAAAGAGGCUUCUCUUAUCGCGGGGGCACUGACUUGUGACGGGAGGAGGAAGGUGUAGGGUUUGCCGAGAGGACGAGAAAGGACGGCGGCAAGAGGCGCUUCAAAGGCUCGGGCGGAUGCCCCAGCGCUGCGCUCUCUCCCCCGUCUCGAUCCAAAGAGGUUUCGCAGUGGAAUAAACAUCUCUGAUCUAAGACAGCUGCCGGGAAUCAAAGGCCGCCCCAAUCAGCGCAGAGCGGGCCGAAGAUGUGACUGAAAAAUGCCCUCUCUGGACAAAGGCGGGAAUGGGGGUGCGAAGGAGUCUCUGCCCGCAGCGCCUCCAGGCACCGAGAGCAGCCGCAGCUCACCCAUUACUCAUCUGAUUUGUUUUAUAACACUUCUGACACCUAAUCUUAUCAGCUAAUACCCACGAUUUAGUUACCCAAGACGAUUUUUUUCCUCACUAGUGGCAAAAUUAUUGGACUCUCUGUAGAUGUUUACUUCUGUCAGGACUUAAAAAAAAAAAACCAACCAAACAAACAAACAAACAAAAAAAAAAAAGAAAAAAAGAAAAAAAGAAAAAAAAAAAAAAAGAAAAUUCAAAUUAAAAAAAAGAAAAAUAGAAGAAAAGGAAAGGAAAAUUAGAAGGGGGAAAACUAAUGCAUAGAAAAAAGAUCCAGACUUUCUAGGUAGAACGGUAGAAACAACCACUGAGAAAAUAACAACUUAACUAAGAAAAAACUAUCAAAAAAUAAAUACGUUCUGAAUAUUGACACAGAGGUUUACCAGCGGAGAGAUCAGAGAUCAGAAACAAAACGAACACAUAUGUAUUCCAUGCAGACUUGCCUGUAAAAUAACAAUUUAUU